AUGGUCCAAAAAGUCUACGUCACGUACAACGAUGUCCACAAGCUUUGCCAGCAGUCGGCGGACAAGCUCCUGGCCGACUGCAAGCCCCAGCUCAUGAUCGCCAUCGGUGGCGGCGGCUACGUGCCUGCCCGCAUCCUGCGCUCAUUCCUCAAGAAGCCCGGCUCGCCCAACAUCCCCAUCCAGGCCAUCGGUCUCUCCCUCUACGAGACGCUCGGCGCAGAAGGCGAUGACCAGGUUGAGGCCCCCGGUACCAAGGUGACGCGCACACAGUGGCUGGAUCUCAGCUCGCUGGGCGAGAUGGCCAACCUGAUCGGCAAGAGGAUCUUGAUUGUGGACGAGGUGGACGAUACCCGCACAACCCUGGAGUACGCCGUCAAGGAGCUCGAGAAGGAUGUAGAGGCGGCGAGGCAGCGCCUUGGAGGCAACCAGCCCAAGACAGAGUUCAGCAUCUUUGUUCUGCAUAACAAGGACAAACAAAAGAAGGGCGUCCUCCCCAACGACAUGAUGGCCGAGGGUCGCUACCACGCUGCGCGCACGGUCGGCGACGAGUGGAUCUGCUACCCUUGGGAGGCCGGCGACAUUGAGGAGCACGACAGGCUAGCCAAGGAGUCCGGUCUGCCAGUCUGA